AUGUUUUUUCAUAUUUUUUUGGGCCUACUGGUCGCUGUUUUGGGUGAAGAAGUUCAUGAACUUCGAUCCGAAUGUUUGAACGAAGCUCAACUUAUGGAGAAACUUCUCAAAGGCUCAGGAUACAGUAAACAUAAAAUACCACGUGAAAAUGGAAUCACAGUCAGUGUGGAGUUUUGGAUACAAGAGAUCAAUUCAAUUUCUGAAAUGACAAACGAUUUUGAACUCGAAUUGUUUAUUAAUGAAAUGUGGACGGAUCCGAGUUUAAGAUUCCCUCAUCUUGGCGCAUGUAAAGCCAACUUGACGCUGGACCAGCAGACACUGACUAAGUUAUGGACACCAAACACUUGUUUCGUGAAUUCGAAAUUUGCCGAAAUUUAUGAGUCAUCGUUUCAAAAUGUCUUCCUGACUCUGUUCGAUAAUGGAACCGUAUGGGUCAAUUAUAGAGUUCGUGUGAAAGGAGCAUGUAAUAUGGAUUUGGUUGAUUUUCCAAUGGAUACACAGUCUUGCAGACUCAACUAUCAAAGCUUUACUUACAACAAUGAAGAAGUCCGACUUCAAUGGAACAGUCAACGAUCACCAGUAUUCGCUUUACAAGAGAUUAGAAUCGCAGACUUCUGGCUUAAAGACAUCACACCAGCAGUCAUCAAAAGGGACUAUCCAGCUGGAUUAUGGGAUGAACUUGUUGUGACAUUUGUCUUUGAACGACGAUACAUGUGGUACUUCCUUCAAGCAUAUCUUCCCACGUUCUUCUCCAUUUUUAUCAGUUGGAUUGCAUUCUCAUUAGGACCUCAAGCAAUCACUCCGCGAACUAUGAUUGGUGUCAAUGCGUUGCUUUCAAUGAUAUUCCACUUUGGAUCAAUUAUGAAAAAUUUGCCAAGAGUUUCUUAUAUUAAGGCAAUUGAUGUCUGGAUGCUGAGUUCAAUGACAUUUGUCUUUCUGUCACUUAUUGAAUUGGCUAUUGUGGGGUACAAACUGCAGAUACAGAGGGAAAAAGAGCAUGUUAUUGAAAAAGUGGACAAAAUUGCAAGAUUUGCAUUUCCAGCUGGAUUCAGUAUUUUUAACAUAAUCUACUGGGCCCGAUAUGGUUUCAAAGUUGGAUAA